AGUUAGGCAGACCGAUAGUUCGAUAGUACUACGGUAUAUCUUUGAAAAAGGAGGGUGACACGGCCCAUAAGGGUCUAGGUAACUCUUACGAAAAUCUACGACCUAAAUGUCAUACAGAACUGCAGCCCUAUCCUUUCAUUCAUACGACGUCGACUAUAGUUGGUUACCAUGAGCAUACCGUUUAACCAAUGCUAGCACCCCGAUCGUUGACUGCGCCUCAGCCCGGUCGGACACUGAUAUGUAUCAAAGUUUCUGCACAUUGCGCCAGGUAUCCAGAAAUAGAUAGGCCGACGGCCCUAAUUUCUAUGCGGGAGUAAUAAACAGGAUGUCCGCUGCGAAAUCCUCUUCCUUGGGUUCUGGUGGCGUUUCUACGAGUUCAAGUUCGCGAAUCUACCUAAAGUAAGCUAGAUACCUGUACCUGGUGUUGUUAAUUGGCAAAAGGACGAAGGACAGGUAGUGAUUGAACCCUAUAUUCGCAUGGGCGGUAUGAUGGGCUUAUUCGGACAUCCCAAAUCAAAUGGCUCUCAUAAGCCGCAUACCACCGACAAGGGGAUGAAGGGGAUGCUUCCUCAAUCACCUCCCAUUGACCCAUCAUCACAACAUUCAGAAACAGAUAAGGGAGGAAAGCCAACAACAACCAAUAAGAGCAUCAUACAUGCAGAUACCCCGACCACAACUUCAAGUCAAAUGUCGCCGACACCGACACCACCUCGUACCCUAGUUGAGCCUACACCUCAACCCACGAUAUCGGACGAUGCGGGCGGUGCGUACCUCAGUACACAGAACACGUCGGUAAAGAGCGCGAGUUCGAACCAGCGAAUGCCCACCUGGGCCAUUCCGGUCGUCGUCGUUCUCGGGCUGAUGCUACUCGUGUUCCUCGCCUCGCUCGCCGCAUUCGGCUCCCGAGAGUGGCGGAGGAAAAAGGAGACGACGGGAGAAGCAGCAGGAGGAGGAGGAGGAAGAGGUAAGGAGCCAAGCUACAUGCGCGCGGUAGGUCGCGCGGGAACCGUGGCCUCGGGGUUGUUCAUCCCGAUAUGGAUCACCAAGCGGUACCGGAGGGCCCGGGGAAACGGGGCCCAGGGACGCCGGAAGAUGCUCGGUUCACGGGGGGAGCCGCCGGCGUACGGGAAGCUCCAAAAGGAGGAGGAGGAGGAGGGGCGGGCUCGACAGUCGGAGGACAUCGUCGCGAGUACUACCGCUACAACAACUACUACUCCUGCCACCACCCCGCCUCCUCCUGCUCCUCUUCUGGCGGUACACGCUACUACUACCGAAACCCCGGUGUCGCCGGUCUCCCUAGAGCGGGGGAAUUCGAUGGUUUCGUCGCUGUCGUCGUCGACUCGCAGCCAGGAAGGCCGGUACGAGAGAUUGGAUAUCCCCCCGUCGCCGAUGUCCGAGGACGCGCCGUACCCGUGGCGGUCGCAGGAUAUGCUGGAGAUAGGGUCGGGGUCGGGGUCGGGGUCGGGGCCGGGCAGUCUGGUGGAGAAGAGGCCGGUCAGUACGGAGACGGAGGGGGAGCGGCCGAGGUCUAGCGCGUUGGAAACUCCGCUGGCUCGGAGGUCGGAUUCGGUGUCGGAGAAGGGGGGAUCAGGGGCGGGUUGAACAGGUACCUAAUCUAGAGGAACGGGCCAUUUUCUUAAGAAAGGUCGUUGAGCAAGUUGAAUAAGACCUUAUAGGACCGGGUGGGUGUCUGUUCGGAAUAACCGUCGCUAUCGAAUCUACAGAGGCUAGAAGCUUGCAAGCUAUGUGGAAUAUACCCGGGUUUUGAAUCCUUA